AUGCAAUCAUCCAGAGCCUGCAAUACUGCUUAUGCUACUGCUCAUGCUACUACUCUAAAAACGAAACAAUUCUUAUUGGUGAUUUUCUUUGUGGGCAUUGCCAUCUUUUUGAUCAAUUCGGGAGAUCCUUCCUACGAAUUGCCGUCGUCAGUCGCGUUAAUGGGGAAUUUGCACGGCAAUGACGAAGGAGGAAUAAUAACAGCAGCAGCAGCAGCAGCAGCAGCAGGAAUAACGGAACAAACCUACUGUGCGGUGGGCAUUUGGAACGAACAGACGCAUGACUUGGACGAAAAUCCCAACUGUACGGCUUCCUCCAAGUUGUUGCACAUGGAACGACCCGAAACCCAAAAGAGAUUAACCUAUAUGCUGUUGUAUUACAACAAUCACAAACAACUGGCGCAUCAGGUUCAGGCGUGGAGGAAUUUCUCACAGGCUGCUUUGGAUCAAAUUCAAUUUGUCAUUGUGGACGAUGGAAGUACCUUGGGACAUGCGGCCGCCGAUUUGUUUGCGGUCAAUCGCGAAUUUAUAGAAGGAUUGGAUGUUGUGGUGUACAAAAUUGAUCAAGACUUGGCCUGGAACAUUGGCGGGGCCCGAAAUUUGGGAUUUUACAUGGCCAAUACCGAAUGGAUCUUUAUGAACGAUGCCGACAUUGAAGUCAAGUCGGACACUAUGGAUUUUGUGACCAAUUUGCUGGACUACAAACCGCAGCAGAAUGGAACUACGGUUCAAGAACCAGUAUAUUUGUACUUUAAGCGAUGGCGAGAAGCUGGUUUCAAGAAUCAUCCAGCCGUCAUGCUGAUCAAGAGAGCACACUACUGGAUGUUGGGAGGUUGCGAUGAAGACUUUGUCGGACAUUAUGGACAAACGGAUCCUCACUUUCGAUUAAAGGUCAAACUGGAUAAAACCUUGCAUGGCUACACGACAGAAGAUUUGAUGAAUGAGCAAAAGGUCUCCCCACUCUACGAAAUGCCCGACAGUCUUCCAUGUCCAUCCGGCAUGCAUUGCUUGGAACCUUUCGUGGGUCAAUCACCAUCCAGAGAUACCAAACCAAAUAAAGAUCUGAUCAAGAAGAAACGAAAGAUAGGAAAGUGGUCCAAUCAAGUCUUGAGGUUUACAUGGAAGCGGAGUACCUGGGAAUCAAGUUGGUGGCAAAACAUUCUGAGUUGGUUUUAA